GGACGGCGGGCAAGGGUAGCGAUGUCGAAGGUGACGUUGAUGGGGAAGAAGGUCGUCACUUCUAGUCCGUCGACGACAUUAUAGCCCUCAUCCGGGCUAAACGUGAUCAGGAUGCGCAACAGUAGGGGAUGGGUCACGCGUACAUUCGGAUGAAGCCGCGAGAAUGGAAGUGGCUGGAUGUGGCGACGAGGUUGAAGAAGGUGGGCGUCGACAGAGAGGCCGAUCGGUGCAGGAAGAAGUGGGACAAUCUAAUGCAGCAGUUCAAGAAGGUGCAUCAUUUCCAAGGUUUGUCCGGGAAACAGGACUUCUUCCACUUGUGCGGGAAAGACAGGAUGUCGAAGGGCUUCAGUUUCAAUAUGGAUCGUGCGGUUUACGACGAGAUACUGGGGUCGACCGCCAAGAACCACACCAUAAACCCGAAGAACGUCGCCGACACUGGUGCUCAGGGUGGUGUGCGUCUGCCGUCCGCCUCUUCUACGGAUCCUGAAUCUAUGGGCGACGGGGACGGUGGUGCAGAGCACGACGACGACAACGACGGGUCCACGAAAGGUUCUUCGCAGACGACGGGUGGCGCAGGCGGUUUCGGCAAGAGGAAGAGCACGAGGCAGCAAUUUUUUGAGGCAAUGACGGAAUGCAUGGAGAAGCACGGGGCGCUGAUGGCGUCGACGAUGGAGAGCAACAACAAACGUCAUUGCUCCAUCGCCAUACGGCAGUGCGAGGCGCUCGAAGCGGAGGUCGAAGUGCAGAAAAAGCACUACGCAGCGUCAGACGAAGUCAGCAAGCUUAUGUACCACACCUUGCUGGAGAUAGCGAAGGCCAUCGCCAAGCGUUAGACUUCGUGCCGCCUCUGUUAUGCUCUCUAUUCGCUUCCAUGGAUAUGGACGACGCGAAAGUGAGAGUCUUUUCGUC